CAAUCAUAACUCAGGAGGGGAAAAAAAAAUUAUGGAGUUUGCAUUUGUCAGUGUUCGUCGGCUGAUGUUGAUCAUGACGUUUGUGCUCAUGAGUGCUUCUUUGGAGACGCCGGUGGAUGCCGGCACGGCGAGCUCGGCGAAAGCAAAACGGCAGCAGGUGACGUGCAACAGUCGCAGGAGCGAGUGCUUCCUAAAGCCCGUGACAUGUCCGGUCGAGUGCCCUCAGGUGAAGCCCGAAGAUCCCAUGGCCAAAGCUUGCUAUCUGGAUUGCUACUCGCCCAAGUGCGAAGCUGUCUGCCGAAAGCGCAAGCCGAAUUGCAGCGGGACGGGGGCCGCAUGCUAUGACCCCCGGUUCGUUGGUGGGGACAACAUUGUCUUCUAUUUCCACGGCAGGAGCAACAAGCACUAUGCGCUGGUAUCCGACACCGAUCUCCAAGUCAAUGCCCGGUUCAUUGGACUCCGACCCGUCGGGACAGCCCGCGACUUCACAUGGAUCCAAGCCUUGGGUCUCCUGUUCGGCUCCCACACAUUCACUCUUGAAGCCACUAGGGCUGAGACAUGGAGCGAUGAAAUCGACCACCUAAGGUUUUCAUAUGACGGGACGUCCAUAACCUUACCAGAAACCCACAAUUCCGAAUGGAACUCGCCUCGCAACGAGAUCAAAUUGGAGAGGACAGUGAGCAAGAACAGCGUCACAUUGCUCAUUCAGGAAACCCUAGAGCUCUUUGUUAGUGUGGUUCCGAUCACUGAGGAAGACAACACGAUACACGGCUACGGAAUACCGAGAAACGACAGCUUCGCCCAUCUGGAAGUGCAGUUCCGAUUCUUCGGGCUCUCGCCGAGGGUCGACGGGGUUCUGGGGAGGACUUACAGGGCGGACUUUGCAAACCCGGCGAAGCCCGGGGUCGAGAUGGCGGUUGUUGGCGGCGAGGACAAGUACAGGACGAGCUCUCUCCUCUUAUCGGACUGCGCCUCUUGCGUGUUCACCCCUGGGGACAAGGUGGUCUCCUUGCUGAGGCAAUAUGGUAUGCUGAGUUGCAGCAGUGGAGUGGAAGACGGCAUUGGCAUGAUCUGCAGAAAAUAACGUACUCAUUGCCAAGUAUCCAAAUAUUACAAACUUCUAUAUGUUGUCGUGAAAGUUCGAUGAUUCUCACAUAAAAUAACGAGGUUGGAGAUUGAACUACAAAUCCACCUUUGAUAUCUUUGUAAUAAAAUUGUGUUCUUCUAUGAAAUUUGUUAUUU